AUGACAAUACCAAAGAAACCAAUUAUAAGCAUAGUUGGAACAACUGGGGUUGGAAAAUCACAAUUUAGCAUUGACUUAGCAGAAGCCAUAAAUGGUGAAAUCAUCAAUGCCGAUUCAAUGCAAGUCUAUAAAAAGCUAGAUACCAUCACUAAUAAACAUCCAUUAGAUGAACGUCACGGAAUUCCUCAUUAUGUCAUGGACCAUGUUGAUUGGAAUGAGGAUUAUUAUAUUCAUAGAUUUUCUAAAGAAGCUAAUGCUGCCAUAGAUGAUAUUCAUGCCCGAGGAAAGAUUCCAAUUGUUAUUGGUGGAACACAUUAUUAUUUACAAAAUCUCUUGUUUAAGAAUAAAACAGUGGGGGAAAUGAAAAUUGAAAACAAAGAGUUAACUAAGGAACAAUUGGAAGUAUUAGACGGUCCCGUAGACGUGUUGUUUGAACAAUUGAAAUCUGUAGAUCCGGUAAUUGCCUCGAAAUUCCAUCCACAAGAUCAACGAAAAUUACGAAGGGCAAUGGAAAUUUGGUAUAAGUCAGGUGAGAAGCCAUCACAAUUAUACCAUGAUCAAAAGCUAGAUGAGAUAGAGGAAAGUUCUUUAAAGUAUAAUACCUUGUUUUUUUGGGUAUACUGCGAUCGUGAUGUGUUGAUACCUAGACUAGAUGAAAGAGUUGAUAAAAUGAUAGAAUCGGGAGCUAUCGAGGAGAUAAAUGAAUUGUAUGAGGUAUAUGAAUCACAAGAUCCUCAUCCGGAUUGUACGAGUGGUAUUUGGCAAGUUAUUGGAUUUAAAGAAUUCUUGCCAUGGUUAACUACCAAUAAAAAAGAUGAUAAAUUAUUAAAAGAAGGGAUUGAAAGAAUGAAAAUACGAACAAGGCAAUAUGCGAAAUAUCAAAUCAAAUGGAUCAAAAAGUUAUUAUCUGCCGAAUUACAAAAAGAAUCUAGAUUUAAUUUCAAAUAUGGUGGGAAAUUGUAUCUUUUGGAUGCAACAGAUUUAAGUACUUGGCAAGAUAAUGUUGCAAAAAUUGGUAUUCAUAUUACAAAACAAUUCUUGCUUGAUGGACCUACAAAGGUAACUUAUCCUCAAGCGCCAGAAUCAUUAAUGCAUAUAAUUCCAUUUGAUGAAUCUUCAUUUACCAAGAGUCAGAAAAUCUUAGGAGCAGAAGCAAAUUGGAAGCACUAUACUUGUGAUGUUUGUAAAGAUAAGUCUGGAGCUAAGGUUGUUGCGGUUGGGGAAGAUGCAUGGAACAUUCAUGUACAAAGUAGAAGACAUUCAAAGAAUUUACACUAUCUGAUUGGAAGAAAGAGAAGAAGUGAAUAUGAAAAUGAAAACAAUAAAAAGAGUAAGGAAUAG